AAGGUUCAUUUGACUUUUAGCUAUAGAGCAGUGACAGUGGCAUAUGCCCGGCGACAGAGAGUCAGUCACUAGUAUUGUACUAAAAAUUAUGGGCACUAAAGUUAAAAAUACAGAGAUACCAUUGUCUCUGGAACAGUUUCACAUCUCUGAGGAUUAUGGGUUUAUUCUUCCUGAGCCUCUGAGAGACCUGCCGGUGUACUACAAGCCCUGGAUGGACAUUGCCAGAAAUGUGCCAGAACUCAUCUCCUCCCAUUCUUUGCGCCUCAGAAUUCAUGAUAUGGCUCUGUUGGAGACUCAUUUGUUACGGACACAUCGUGAGCUGCGUUUGGCCCAUCUGGCGUUGAGCAUAAUGACUAUGGGUUACGUAUGGCAGGAGGGAGAGAGAGAGACAGUAAAAGUGCUUCCACGGAGUCUGUCUCUGCCGUUCUGUGAGGUGUCUCAGAGACUGGGUCUGCCUCCGAUUCUCAUCCACGCUGACACAGUCCUCGCCAACUGGAAGAAAAGAGAUCCAGAUGGACCUUUUUCCUUGGAGAACUUGGAGUUGUUGUUGACAUUGCCUGGUGGGGGAAGUGUAAGAGGAUUUUUUCUGGUGACACUGCUGGUGGAGUUGGCAGCUGUUCCUGGUCUGAAGUCUAUCCUUGAUGUCAUCAACGGCGUCCAAUAUAAUGAUGUUGCUAUGGUCACCAAAGCUCUGGAUGUUGUCAGUCAGGCCAUAGACAGCAUGAAACAGGCCUUUAAACUAAUGCAUGAAUAUGUAGAUCCCUCCAUAUUCUAUGGCAUUAUGAGGAUCUAUCUGUCUGGAUGGAAAGAUAACCCAUCAAUGCCAGAAGGUCUCAUCUACGAGGGAGUUCAGGAGAAGCCAAUGGAGUUUUCAGGAGGCAGUGCUGCUCAAAGUAGUAUCUUACACUGCUUUGAUGAGCUGCUGGGAGUCCAACAUGAAGGCAGCAACGGGGACUUCCUGAAAAGAAUGAGGGACUACAUGCCGCUCUCUCAUAAGCAAUUCAUUGAAAACGUCUCUAGUCGCCCAUCACUGCGCAGCUUUGUGCUCCAGCAAGCGGAUGAGCGUCUAACACACACAUUUGAGCAUUGUGUGGCUCGCUUGGUGGACUUUCGAAAUUACCACAUCAACAUUGUCACCCGUUACAUCACUAUCCCGGCCUCCCGUGCCAAACAGCUCCGUGCCAAUAAGCAGGGUUUGGCCGAGGAGCUGGACGCGAUCAGAAGUGCACCCAAAGCGCUGGAGGAAAGAGGUACUGGAGGGUCAGGGAUUAUGACCUUUCUGAAGACAGUGCGUGACGAAACCAAAGACACUUCCAUCUCACAGUGUACUAAUGGAAACCAAGUCUCGCCAGACCCAUCGAUAACAGAAAUACAGAAGGCUGCAUCUGAGCUCACAAUAGAAUGAUAAUAGCACCAAAGUAUCUUGGAAUGGUGAUUUGACAACCAAGGCUCAUUGGAAAAAUGUACCUGUUGCGACAUUUCUGCAAAAUGAUAUUACAUUGC